AUGCAAUCGGAUAUCCGAUUCCACGAUUCCUCUCCCCUCUCUGAGCCACCUUCCUUCAUUCAGCGUCUGCGCUCCUCGCUCUGCUCCUCCUGCUGCUUCGGCGGCUCCGCCGGCGAUGACGAGGUGGACGAGCGGCCAGCGUCGGUGAUCCGGUCCUCGACGAUCUGGCUGCGGUCCAGGGGGCAGGAGCUGCAGGAGGUCGGGGGUCGGUGCCGGAACUUAGUGGCGCGGAUCGCGCCCCGUCACCCCCACCACCACGCCCGCCGCGGAUCCGGCGACUUCGGGUACGACCCCCUCAGCUACGCCCUCAACUUCGACGAGGGGCCCGACGACGACGACGACGACCGCCACCCCGGCGGCGGGGAUGCGUACCGGUACCGGAACUUCUCGUCCCGCCUACCGCCCUCCCCGCCGCGCCCGGUUGCUUCGUGAGCUCUUCCGAUCCCCCUUUCUCUUCCAUUCAUCGAUUCAUUCUCUGUGUCAAGUUCGUGUGAAUGUGUAUGUAUGAAUAUGUAUCUGAUCGUAACGUCUGCGCGGAUUGCACGAAGAACAGUUCUCGACGGUCCCAUUGUCACUCAGUGCGCCUUUGUGCGCGCCCCACGUUUCUUUCCCACCCACACGGUUACGUGUCGUGACGCCUCUCGUCCGACGGUGGACCAAAGCGAACAAGAAUAUUCGCAGGAAAAGGUGCUUUCGUGGCUGGGAACUGUCUGGGGGAAAUCGGUUGGAAGAGGCUGGGCUUUUGUUUUGGAAGCACACGAACAAAAACAUCGGAACCCAAAACAACCCAAAAAAUCUCUCGCAUUCAUGGAAGCAAAGAGCAUUAAAAUCUCUUGCAUUCAUGCCCGAGCAGAGAGAGAGGAUGGUAAAGUUUAGUAUACCUACCUUCCUACACAAAUUCAUCCUAAACAUAUUUCAUAUCCAAUCUAGAAUAUCAGUACAAAUUUUGAUGCAAUACUAUCCCUAUGACUUGGCUUUGGUCUUUUUAAUCGGA